CAGUACGCAACCAUCCCCACGAAUCCAUACAAAUUCCCUUACCACAUGCUCGCGUUAUUGCUUGGCUUGACCUCUCCAAGUUGCACCGACUAGCAGUCAUGCGCCCGUUCGCGUCUUUUCCAAGGCGGAAGGCCUCUCCAUCCCGCGCCUUGAAAGGCUGGUACCUGUGAGAUGCGAUUGCGUCAUGAUGCGAAGAUUGUUCGAUGGAAGAGCAAAUAUAAGAGGCCGCAAUUCCAAUUGCCCGGUUUCUACCGCCCCAGAAUUAUUCCUCCGUCAUUGACAUCAUCCUUUGCGCAAUACAAAGAGAACCAACCAACUCGGUAUUUCGCGACAACGCUUUGAACCUAAACACCUCUCAAAAUGUCCGAACCGAUUAGCUCUACUGGACGUGGUGGCGCUGGCAACAUCGGCCACGAUCCCCGUGUCUAUAUUGAUGGAGGAAUUACACGUCAAGGUCCUACAGUACCUGAGACUGAAGGUACACUCUCGACUGGUCGUGGAGGCGCCGGAAACAUAGGUUCGCCUAAACUUAUGCCUGCCGAUCACGACCGUGGCCGUCGCAUCUCCUCCGACAACAUUCCUGGGGCCGCGACGAUGGAGGCCCAGGACGAAUUCCACACUGGAAGAGGUGGGGCGGGAAACAUCUACAAGGAGAAGUACGGCGGUCACAGCCAAUCUCCCGACCGCAAGGGUCUUGGCGAUAAGAUCAAGCAGGCGCUUCACCUCGAAAAGAAGGAGAAGCAUGAGCCUUCUCCGUUGGCCAAUACGACGACUACGAAAUAAUAGCUAUGAUACCCACUAUCACAUGGAGCAGGCCAGAGGACUGAUACUUGGAAGAUAACGCUGGGGGCAAGAUAAGACGUUGGACCUCAGAUACCUCAGGCUGCUGUUUCUGCC